AUGUCUCCCUCCUUUCAACUCAUGCAGUCUGUCCACUCUACGGUUUCAAGCACAAAUCAACAACGGUCAGACAUACAUUUCUGGAAAACAGGCAGAAUUGGAGAAUUGGUUUUCAAAGGCGAUUGUGUUAUCAGCCAUGAAGCGGCAGGGGUCGUACUGAAAUGUGGAGAGGGCGUCACAGAUCUUCAGCCCGGUGAUCAGGUGGCAGAGGAGCCAGGAGUACCAUGCGAACGAUGCUUCCCUUGCGACGAUGGCCGCUAUAACCUGUGUGAAGAUGUUCAGUUCGCAGGCGUCUAUCCCUAUGCUGGAACUCUCCAGCGCUACAAAGUGCAUCCCGCCAAAUGGCUCCACAAGUACGUGCUCUGCUUAGAGCCUCUUUCGGUCGUCAUGCGUGGCAUUCAAGUCGCCCGUCUGCAACUGGGCCAUGAAGUAGUUGUGUGCGGGGCAGGACCCAUCGGACUGAUUGCGCUCGCUGCCGCUCGUGCUUCUGGUGCCCAUCCAAUUGUCAUCACGGAUAUAGAGCCCAAGCGACUUGCAUUCGCCAAGUUUGUUCCCAGCUGCAUCACAUAUCAGGUCAGCCGCUCUUUGGAUGCGGAAGGCAAUGCCAGGGCAAUCCGAGCCCUGUUCGGAUCAUGCGAGUACCCAACUGCUGAGACAGUGCUUGAGUGCACGGGAGUAGAGAGUAGCGUUGGCACGGCGGCGUUCACAGCUCGAAGGGGCGGUGCUGUGAUUGUCAUUGGGGUAGGAAAAGCGGUCAUGAACAAUCUUCCAUUCAUGCAUAUCUCAUUAGCCGAGAUUGAUUUGCGUUUUAUCAAUCGUUAUCGCGAUACUUGGCCACCGGCUAUCGCCUGUCUCAGCGGAGGAAUUCUUGAUCUGAAGAAGCUGGUGUCGCAUACAUUCCCUUUGGGGAGAGCUGUGGAUGCACUUGAGCUAUGUGCUGAUCCUCGCAACGGCAGUAUCAAGGUCACACUGUCUUGGAUAAAGUGGAGACAACAAUAUAAACUCUUUAGACUAGUUGACAUGCACAAAGUAGACUUACUUCUUCGAUGGCAUGACGGAAAGUGCCUCCCUUGGUUAUAA